AAAUAUGAUCUGAUGACGCAUGUUUAGUGACGUCAUCACGCCUCAUUUAGAAAGCGAAAGUAAAAGAAUAAACAGCUUCAGUCAGAGUUUCGUCCAUUUUCUCCUUUAUAUUUGCUCAUUAAUGCGCGGAAGGGCUCGGGCUGAUCUACAGUCAUCAUUGUACCGUGUUAGCUCGUGUUUUCCCGGAGCUCGAGUGUGUGUCUACGGUGAGUUCUGUCCUCGUGAUUCUCCAGUCUGAUCAUAAACUCGUCUGACAGAAAUGCGCUCGAUUAUCGGCCUUCUGCUGCUCAAUCUCCUCACAGACUGCUCUGUGUCGUUCACCGUCGUGGCUCCUCCUGGACCUGUAGUGGCUCAUGUGGGUUCCACAGUUAUUCUGCCCUGCUGGAUCUCUCCGGCCCAGAAUGCUGAAGCUCUGGAGAUCCGCUGGUACCGACAAGACUUCCAAACCCCUGUACUCCGCUACCAACAUGGAAACAUACAAGAUGAACAGGAGGAGUCCUUCAGGAACCGCAGCUCUCUGACACCACGCUCUGAUCUGUCUGGAGGACUGAAGGGUGGAGAUGUGUCUCUGCGGCUGGAGAAGAUCAUCAUUCAGGAUGGAGGUUCAUUUCACUGCUACGUCAGUGGAGACAGUGCAUAUGGCAGUAAAGACCUGGAGCUGAAAGUCACUGCUCCAGGAUCUGCUCCUGUCCUGUUCCCCAGGCCUCUGGAUGACGACCGGCUGAACGUCAGCUGUAGCUCCAGCGGCUGGUACCCCGAGCCAAACAUCACGUGGACAUCAGACCAGGGAAAGACUCUGCCUCCUGCAGGAGUGUCUCUCCAUCGGGGAGCAGACGGGUUAUUCUCUGUCCACAGCUGGACCACCGUCUCUCCAUCAGAUGCUCAGCUGGUCUGCUGCUCCGUGUCUACAGCAACUGGAGAGUCCAAAGAGGGAAAGAUGGACAUAAAGGGCUUUAUCUCCUCAGGUUCUUCAGACCCAUGGAAGCCUCUGUUCUUCACUCUCCUCAUCUGUGCUCUUCUGGGUUUGGCUGCACUGAUCCUCUGCAAAUACAGAAACAAACUAACAGGGAAGAAAGCAGCUGGAACAGAUGGUGAGAAUAUACCUGUGAAGGAGAAAACAGUUCCAGUAGCCAUGAAUAUAGAAGAACUGAGGAAACACGCAGAGCAGAUCAGUAUUGAUCGUGAGAGUUUAUCUCCAGAUCUGAAGAUAUCGAGUGACUGUAAAACUGUGAGGGACAGUCCAGAUUAUCAUUCCACUGCAGAGGGGUUUCCAUAUCAGUUAUGUGCAUUUGGAGCUCAACAGUUUACCUCUGGUCGACACUAUUGGGAGGUACAGCUGGCAGCUCCACCAAAACCUCCUAAAAUCUCCUGGUUAAUCGGUGUGGUGAAACAUGGAAGUUUUAGGUCUAAAGACAGAUCUGCUUUAACUCCAUCAAGGGGUUUCUGGUUCUUGUGUUCAGAUGGUGAUAAUGGCUUUUACACAAACACUGAUCCCCCAAUAACCCUGUCCAUAUCCCCGAGGCCUGAGCGACUGGGAGUUCUGCUAGAUUAUGAUGCAGGUCUGCUGUCGUUUUACAGCGUUAAAGAGAGUAAACAUCUCCUGACCAUGCGCACUAGAUUCUCAGGCUCAAUCGUUCCUCUGUUUAAUCCUGGUGUAAGCGACGAAAGUCCACUCAAAAUAGUAGAUUGUCCAGUAGCUGAAGAAUCACCUGCAGAGGUCACUCUACCUUUACUGAAUAACUGCAGUACAGACGCCUGACUGACUGACACAGAGCUAAAUGUCUCUUUUCCACAUACACUCUAGCUGGGUUUCCAUCCUGAAGAAGCAAAUAAUUUCAAAGUUCUCAAAAAUACAAAAUCAAAUGUGUACUAGCUGCAUUUCAAUCAAGUUAGAGUGGCUGACUGUAGUAUUGGUAACCUAGCAAUCAACAGUAAACAAGGCAAGCAUAAUGGAGUGAUGGUGGUUUAAUGUUCAAUACGGGCUCUAUUUUAAGUGCAAAGUCUAAAGCUCAUGACACAGAAGCACUAAGGGCAUGUCUGAGAGCACUUUUGCUAUUUUAAGGAGGGGAAAAAUAGUCUGUGCACCAGGUGCAUGAUCUAAAAGUGUUGUCCUUAUUCUCUUAAUGAGUUAUGGGUGUGUUUUGGGCAUAACAUUAAUUAAACCAAUUAGAGUCUCAUCUCACAUUCCCUUUAAGAGUCAGUUGUGUCUCGCACAUUUGCUAUUUACAUGAUAGAUUUCGUAAGCGGAAAACACUUCACUAGCGAGAAAACAGUUAAACAUGUUAAACAGCUACAGAACAAGAAUCUUUCGACUGUGGAUUUUGGAGUGGGUGGUGGACACACCGCACCGAAGAUACUCAUUACAUAUUUCAUUUCGUAAUUUCAGUUGUUAUGUGAGAAAAGAGAUUUCAAAACUAUUUCUAAAUUCAGUUUUAAUCUUAAUAAAUGAACAAUGAUAAUGAAGUGUGGUCAGAAAACUGAGUUAUAUACAAACACACGUGCUAUUCCUAUAUCCCAUAUAGUGAUGCAUACGUCUCCAAAACCCCACAGAUGGACAAAUCUAAACACAAUUAUAAAAACAACUAUAGAUAUGCAUAUGAUAAACAAUACUAUAAAUUAUAAUAACACUAAACAAAUGCAACAAAUUUUUAAUAAACUGACUACAACAGAGCCGGAUUCAAUAAAAGCCCUCAUGAGGUGAGCAAGACAAUGGAAGAGGUAGCAGUUUAUAU